AUGCCCUCAGCAACAGAUACAACGGCGCGAACAGGCACAACCAGUCCGACUGCAACAUCAGAACCAUCAGCAGAUGGACUUGCAGGCGGCGCCGUGGCUGGAGUUGCCAUCGGCUGUCUCAUUGCUGGUCUUGCUUUAGGACUCAUAGCAGCUUUUAUCCUUCUCCGAAAACGGCGAAGAGGCAAACCAGCAAGUGAAGGAUUUGUCUUGGCAGACCAAAAAUACACGGAACCAAAAGAUGGAACACAGGUCAUAGUUUCAUCGCCGAGACACGAUGCUGAGCUCAGCCAGUUUCUUCUCGAGGCAACUCCUGAUAAGGAGAUCCAAGCGGAGUUGCGCUCGCUCUCCGAACUCAUUUAUCAGCAUGUCGAGAACGGUUACCGUGAACCUCAGGUUCAGGCCGACCCCGUUGAGGUAGCCCAGAGCCUUAUCAAUAUUGGCUACUCACCAGAAUCAUCAGGACUGCAGGCAGACACAGUUGCUGCCGUUUGCCUCAACCCCAAGACUUCUAAAAUUGGGCUCCGCCAUGUUCUCUCGCAUGUCAUCUUUCGGAGCCUCGAUUUCAGUUCUGGCAGUAGCUUGUCCAUGCUUCCACUAGCGGUUGCAGCAUUAGUACAAGGAAGCCACUCAGCCGAAAAUGCAAACAAUCCUGCAAUUCUCCUGGCACGUUCAAGGUGGCGAAGUCUCUCUGCCCUGCUUCUCCAUCCAAACCCCGAUGCGAGAACACCACUCCCGGUGCCAGUGUCAGAAGCUUCUCCCAAGGCUCUAUCUUUUGCAAAUGAGCUCAACGACUUCUUGAAGCUGUUUGUUACACAAGACCCUGCCAGCCAACAGGAUCAGAUGAACCAUCUGCAGGCUGUCAUCCUUGAGUGCACCAAAUUGGGUUAUGUUGUUCUAUCACAGCCGAGUGACUGGAGAUUUGUUUUUAGCAACAGCAACUCCAUUACAAAAAGCCGCAGGAUCGUGAUCGCCCAAGGAGGUGGUGGCACCGGAGACAAUGCCUCUGUAAGAGAGAAGAAGCUCGUUGACUACAGCCUGUUGCUACGCAACGAAUGUCUCCCCCUUCUCCAGCGCCGCCCGAAGGUUCUCGACCGCGUACACGGCAUCAUUGAAUCAGCUCAGAGAGGACUUCAAGAAGUCUGCGAGAUUGUAGAGAGAUGUCGCCCGGGGGCUGACAGAGGUGGGAAGACAACUUUUUCGAAACGCAUGGCAUGGGUACUUGUUGAUGCGAGCGAAUUCAAGAGCCAGGAGCCUAUUGUUAGUCGACAUCAUGCCGCUGUGCUCGCCGAGUUGAACUUCUUGAGACAGAUAGCUCUUUUGGCUCCUGUUUCUGAACCUGUGAAGGUGAAGGAGAAGUGUGGUGUGAAGGAGGAUGCUGCAGUGUUUGAUAAUGUUGCACUGCUAGGGGAUCUUCUUGGUGACUUGACAGGCAAGUUAAAUACUCCCAUCACACAUACCAGUUCAUCAAAUGGUCUGAUAGUAUAUGUUGCUGUAGCUCCUACCAAGAAACAACCACCAAUUGUUCAGUUUGUUGCACCUCUAACCCCAACCAUAGUUUUCAACACAAACGCAGAAUCGACAACACCAACAACUCCAUCUUCGCUCCAAGUGCCUCAGUCUCUUCAUAGAUCAAGCAGUUCGCAGACGAUGCAUAUGGAACAUGCGCCUGAAUCACUGCCAGAACUUGUUCCAGUCAAUAUGGCCAACACAGCUCCACCGAAGUCGUUUACUUCAAGUUCCACAUACGAUAGCGAGGCCCUCGCAGGAUUAAGUCUACUUCUUGGAGAUCCCUUAGACUUGAAACACUCGCCAUCCUCGGCGCCAUCUAAAAAUGGUCUACUAAAUCAGCCAGUGACGGUUCCGUCUCAAGGACUGCCUCCACAAUUCACUCAGAAUGCUUCCGAUCAACAUCUUCCGCUUCAUAGCCCCUAUGAUAGCGUCUCUGAUCUGAGCCAAACUAGCCAGCGAGCGAGCUUUAACUACACUCCUUCACGUCUAUCAUCAAACAUUUCAAGCCCUUAUCGUCAGCACCAUUCAUUUUCAAUGCCGCCGACAGCCACACAAUCAGCAUCUCAGCUCCACCAUAUGCAAUCCGGCCACUACCCGGGGCAACUCACAUGGUCAAAUUCGUCUUCUACAACAAUAUCUUCAAUCUCUUCAGGUUUUACAAGACCUGACUAUAGCUGGAUACCGCCGAUUGCUGAACUUGAUAGUUCUCCGCACCAUAUGGUUCCCAUUGUUGGUGCAUUGAACCAUCUAAAUCGAGCCAGUGAAGCCUCAGUGGAUCAGAAACUCGCUAUUCAAAUCAACACAACACCUGUCGAACUCCCAGCAGAGGAGAGUCUAGCCACGAACAUAAGCUCAUACUGUCAGACUUCUCCCAGCCAAUAUCAACAUUACAUCAGCAGAUAA